AUGCAAAACAACAAAAGAAAACAAGUUUCUUCUGACUUAGCUUCUAAUACUCCGAAAAUUAGAAAGUACGUUACUUCUGACGGCUGCAAGUUGAAUAUUCGUGACAAAUAUUGGGGUAUGCUCAUUCCUAUUAACGAAGAAACAAGUGAUCGAAUUGGUUCUAUUUAUCUCGAGGCGGAAUAUCAAACAUUCGGAAAGAACGAAACCCGCAAUGGUUACCAACAUAUGCCAAGCGAUUAUGAACUUCAUUGCAUGUUAUCUAAGAACGAACACGGAAUGAAGAUCACAAAAAUAUGUGGAAACGUAACUUACAUCAAUCCGAAAGGAGAAGAUUUAACUUUAAAUAAUGCUGGUGAUAAUACCGUCAUUGUUGAAGGCUGCCUAUUCCUAAUACACCUUAAUGAAUUUACUGCAAAAUUUAAAUUUCUUCUUUGGGAAUGUCACUGUGGAAGCGUUUUGUUAUAUGACAAAGAUGAUGAAAUCACUAUUAAAGGUCAGGGUGAAGAAGAAAUAACAAACAAAGAUAAUAAUUUACAAUGUGCAGUUCAUAAGUACACGAUAAUUCGUCAAUUAGGGCAGAUAAAAGAUGGAACUUUACAUGAUCUUAUUAAAAGUGAACACAGGUUUACCAAGGAGGAAUUAGUUUCCCUUGCAAAGAAUAUGAGUGUCACAUUAAAUGAAUUUCAUGAAAAAGGACUUGUAUAUAGGGAUUUAUCGGUAACUCCCUUUAAUAUAAUCCUAUGUGACUUUGGACUUUGCAAGGAGGCCGAAAAAAUUAUGCCAGGGAGACCUGGUGGAACGAAAGCUUAUUUUUCUCCAGAGAUAAUAAAUAAAUAUGGCAAACAAACCAAAUUCCAUGACUAUUUCUCCCUAGGAAUAGUACUAUUAGAAUGCAUUAUGCAGAAUAAAUUUUAUGGUUAUGAUAAAGUUUUUCAGGAUGCUUCUUCAAUAAGGCAAAAACAAAUUAUUGAAAAGACUUGUGCUCAGUAUUUUGAAAGGAAACAUUCAUGGAUAAAGGAAAUAAAUGAUGAAGGUGAUUUAUGA